CCUUUGAGGCCGCAUUUCGCCCCCUUAGCAACAGUUACUAGGGGUUGCGUAGGGAGAGAAGAGGGCCGAAGACGUGAGAAACGGCGCAUGCGCGCAUGGAAUGAAGCGCAGAGGCUGCAAAGUAAGCUUGGGUUGAGUAACGGCCUUUCGGGCGAGAUUCUUUUCUGUCUCUGAAAGGCGGGGGUGCUGUAGGGGAUAUUGGGAAAUUCCAUGCAUCUCUGUACAGGGGUGAAGACUGCAGCAUUCUACAGGCUGGGUGAGUCCAUUGUUUAUGUAGGGGUCUGUGAGAGCAUGGAGGGUUCAGUACUAAAUUGGGCGUUACUAUUUUGGUGGAGGGGUGUGGCUGCAUUGGUUUUUAUUUUCCCCGGGACAGUUCAUUACAAGCUGGAAUUUACUGGAGAAGCGAUGCAUUCUUUUCAUCGAGGGCAGGCGGAAAAAUACAGGCAUUCCAGUUGUGUACAUGAUUUAAAUGAGGGUUGAUAUCCCUAGGAGGAGGAGAAAAGCCUUUUUUUCUCUCUGCUUAUUUGCAUAUGUAGAUAAAGGACCAGCAAGAAGGAAGGCUUGGAAUUAGCCGCUGACAAGAUGGCCCCCUUUAAUGCAAUGUAUGCAUUAUACAAUAAAGAAUCUUGCUCAGUGUGCUUCAUUGCCUUCUUUUCCCAAAUAUUCCUGUGAGACCAAUGGUUUAUGUCUGACAGAUGAGGAAACUGAGGCCAAACCAGUAUACUUUACAUAGUCUGUCCAAUUUACUUUUUGGAGUUGCCAACUUUUCUUUACUACCAAGGAUGCAAUACAUCUCAGUAGAUGAGCAACUGGCUGAAAUGCAACACUUCAGAGCAUCAAAUUGCAAUUACUGGGGGCCUGGAUCUAGAAAUAAAUGAAUGGGUUUAGCGCUGAUUUGAUACAGAUAGAAAUAAGUCACACCAGAAAUGAAAUCAUUUUCAGCUCUGGUUACCUGCUUGCUGCUGGUACAUUUAUGUUAGUUUUCCUUUGACCAAGCACUCUUCUUUACAAAGAGUCAGUCAGUAGCUACUUUGAACCUUGGUGGAUUGUACAGACUAGUUGGAGACGCCUCAACUAUUCCAAACCUAUCAAGGACUAACCUGUCAACAUCUGAGUUUUUGUUCUUUGCAGGUGCCAUUUCCAGCAUCUGCCAGGAUGCCUACCCUGGAACCUAAUCAAUUGGCCAUCAGAGAAAUGAAAGAGGAUGAAGCUCCAAUUGUUUUGGACCUUCUGAAGGAUGGCUUCAAGGACACAGAAAAUCGCCUGAUAUUGUAUGUGCUGACCCGUCCGCUGGCAUUGCUGCUGAUGGCGGUGGUGAGCAGUGGCCUACGAUUCUUCUUGAACUCUUUUGUGGUGGCGCUCGUGCUGCCGGUGCUGCUCACCGUGGUGGCUCUGAAGCUUCUGCUGCGGCGCUCCCCAGACCUGAAGCACCUGCAUGCUUAUUACAGCGUAGGCCAGCGCAGGCUGUGGGUGGCUGUGUAUGAUGAGGACGAUGUUUGUGGGUGCGUGGCUUUGGAGCCCCGUGCUGGGGAGCCACGCACAGCCGAGCUCAAGCGCUUGGCGGUCAGCCGUUGGUACCGGCGCUCUGGCGUGGGCCGCAGCCUCCUCAGCUUCUCAGAGGAGCAGGCUCGGGCACAGGGCUUCCAAUUCUUAGUGGCCCAGGUCUCGGUGGUGACCAAGGCAGCCAUUCAGCUCUUUGAGAGUGCUGGCUACAGCCCGAACGGCGGGCAGCAGUGGCUGGGCUACACCAUUCAGCAAGAGUUCAGCAAGGAGCUUUAACAACUGUGCCUGCUGGUUCGCCACCAGGUUGCCAGCCAGUGAGUCUGGCAGGGGCAGCAUGUGGCCUCUGAGUAAGGGGGGAAGUGCAAUGCUCUAAAAGCAUCAUACUUAGCAUUGUGGCGAGGAAAUCCCCUGCAGGCGCCAAACCGUCCAGGUCAACAAGAUGGCUUUCUCUGCCUGGAAGAUGAAGAUUCUGCAACCAGGAAUAAGUAAAGGCUUGUCUAUUAGAGUCUACUCCCCUGGAUGGCAUCAGACUGAAUGCCAUUUAGGGAUUUCAGUCCCAGUUUAUGCACCUGCCGUUUGGGGCACGGGAAGAACCAGCACCCCUGACUCAGGCCAGACAAAGCCUGGGUGUAAUCUGCUCUGAAUGCAUCCAGAUUUUACACCAAAGGUAACCUCACAUGCUUUGAGCUGAGCCAGUUAUGCAAAUCAAGCCCAUUUUGACUGAUUAUUAUUUAUUGAUACAGCACAUCUGUGCAAGGCACUUUACAGAGUACGGGAGGACAGGCCUCUGCCCUGAGAAGCUAACCACAGUUGGGGUGUGGGGGGAAACAGCUAUUCAGAAGACUGAACCCUGCUCUCCUGCAAGGUGCCCUGAAUCCAUGCACCCAGGUGUUACCUUGAGGUUAAACAGAAAGGUAACUCAAGAUUUUCAGGAUGCAGAACUGCCGCCCUGCCUGAUUUUCUUAUUGCUUUAAACAGUACCAGAAGCAAGCUUAUGUGCUGCCUACUUUACCCUGUAGACUUUUGGUGCCACAUGUUCGGGUUGUAUCAUGCAACUUUUUCAGGCAUAAACUGCACUCCCAUUCAUGUGCUGGUGAUUUUGUAGGAGAAUUUUCUGUGUCUGUGUGUGUGCUCAAAUGGGCUUGGUGAAGGGCAUCAGCACUUAAGCACCCUGGUUUCAGCUCAUGGCAGUAAAAUCCUGUAAAGGUUUCUUCAGAAGUCCUGCAGUGAGACUGACUCCAUGAUAAAUGCAUGUAUAUAGGCUGGGCAGCUAAAUUAAGAUAGAGUCUUCCUGGAAGUAUGCCCCAUUGACUGCAAUAGAACUUAUUUCUGAGCAGACACAUACUGGUUUGUGCUCCCAGUCUGCUUUUUUUGUAAUUAUUUGCAGCAUUUGUAUACUGCUUUGUAUCUAGGCAGAUUAUGGCAUGUAAAGCAGAUAAAAUAAUAACAAUGUGUUAAAAACAGGGUAACUUUGAAAACUGGGUAGUCAGCAAGGAAAGCUUCCUGGAACACAUAUGUCUUAAGCAGAUGUGGAAAACAAGAGUGGUGCAACCAGCCAGACUUCAAGGGGGAAGGAGUUUCAUAGAAGUGGAGCUGUCAUGCUGAACUCUCUUCUCCCACGUGGAGGCACCAGGAGAAGGUCCUCUGAUGACCAUAUAUAUUUGGCCUGCUGGAAAAAGAGAAGGUCCUAAGUGCCCUGGUCCUAAGAUGUUCUGGGCUUUGUAUACUAGAAUGAGAACAUUAAAUCAGGCCUGGUAGCAAAUAAGCAGCUGGCACAUUUCCUUCAGCAAAGGAGUUGCAUUCAGAAUUCUUCAAGCCUCACUAAAAAAACAUGCUGCUGCUAUUUGUGGCAUGUGCAGAUACUAUGAGAGUGGCCUAGCCAGGUGAAAGUGAGUAUAGGUUGUACCAUUG